AAAACAAAGAGUUUACCAGGUCAACCACGAAGAAAGUAUUAGGGAAAACUACGGUUGAUUAUCCUGGAAAGAUAAAAGAGUCAAAGGAAGAAGUCUUAAAAAGGUACUUCUGCUGCCUUUAAUAACAUGAUGGAGGAUUCUCAAGCUGAGAAAAGGAGGCUAUCAUUUAAAGACGCUUUGUUAAAUAAAUACAGCGAAGACCAAAGUGAUGAAGAGUUGUGCUUUAUACACAUAACCGGCUCUCCAAAACAAAAGGCCUCUUUUGGCCAGUCAGAACACUUUCACAAGAGAAUCAUAACUCUUGAUGACUGUGGUAUCAACUGUGCUGGUCCAGUUGGAGAGAUUGCAUCCAUGUGUCCAAAUGUAGAAGAACUUGAUCUGGCCAAGAAUGACCUUUCUGACUUUCAUGAGGUUUUUCAAAUAAUCCGUCAACUCCAGAAACUUGAGUUUCUAAACCUGAGUGAAAACUUCUUGCCACAUAAGAUUGCAGAUUUUACUCCAUUACUAGGAGAACAUCCAAAGGAGUCACUUCCUUCAGUAAAAAAAUUGAUCCUAAACAACACUGCUGUGCCACUGGAAACAGUGAACUCUUUGCUGAACUGUCUCAGUGGGGUGCAGGACCUAUACCUCAGCCUGAAUGGCUACGAGUGUAUUCCAGAUUGCCCAGAACAAUAUCCAAACAUCAAGAGCUUGUCAAUCAACAAACAUGCCAUCACACAAUGGGAAGAGAUUGGAAAAAUUGGAUUCGUUUUCCCAGGACUUGUGGAAUUACGAAUGUCUGAGUGCCCUCUGGAAAACAUUUCUCCAAAAGAGGUUCCUCAACAGUUUCCAAACCUGAAGGCGUUGAACCUAAACAACACUCUGCUAGAUACGUGGGAAGCCAUUGAUGCGCUUAAAUCCUUCCCCAUAUUAACAGAUGUCAGUGUGAUGGGAAUUCCACUGCUGUAUCAGUACACUGACCAACACAAACGACAGCUUCUUAUUGCAAGGCUCCCCAACAUACAGAAACUAAACAAAACCAAGAUAUCUGCAGAGGAAAGAGAAGAUGCUGAAAGAUUUUUCAUUCGACAUCACAUGGAUGACGAAAGUCCACCUUUAAGGUAUCUUGAAUUGGUUGGAACUCAUGGAAUGUUGGACCGACUGGCAGAGGUCAACUUGAAAGCCAAAAAAACUGCUACAAUAUCUCUGAUAUUUGAAGAUCAACCUGUCUGCGAGCAGGAAAUUAACCUUAUGCAGAGCACAACGAGCCUGAAAAAGUAUGUCAGUGAGAUCAUCGGAAUACCUCCUCCAGGCUUUAAGAUACUUUACAAAGACGUGGGGUUGUGUUUUGGUCUCGAAGAAAUGAAAUAUGGACCCAAAAAGCUCUACAGGUACAAGAUUAAAGACGGAGAUGAGAUCCAUGUGUGGAGCCGUUGACACGCAAAGAUAGAUUCCAAAGAGACUGUAUUUACGUCUUUUUUUACAUUAAGACUGUUCACUAGGAACUCUUAGUGAUCAUAUGGAGUACAGCCAGUGUAUCAUUACC